AUGCGAGUUCUACCGCAAGGGCUUGGGAAAGCCAAGCCUUCAUUCCUCCUGUUACUGUUUCUGGUCAUUGCCAUCGCUGCUCAAGUGUCUGCUGUACCGGCGGACGAUGCAACAACGGAUACCGAUGCCGCUAAGACCACCGACGAUCCCUCCACUACUCAAAGCACCUCUAGCGUGAGCGAGACCACCACAUCUUCCACUUCCACAUCGACGUCAAGUUCUACUACCAGCACCACUACCUCCUCUUCCUCCUCCUCCUCCUCUUCUACAACCACAACCAUGGAUACAACCACCACUUCCUCCUCUUCCUCCUCCACGACGUCCGACAGCAGUACAACAACAUCAUCCGUCUCCACGACAACGGAAUCAUCAACAUCUUCCUCCUCGUCCUCCUCUUCCUCCUCCUCCUCAACCACAACUACCGGCGCUAUUGUGACGAUACCACCGACAGCCAAUGCCCCAUAUAUGCAAGAGAGCAAUGCUCCAGAAGGCACAGUGUUCAUCGCCGUCGGCGCCGCGCUAGGGCUGAUCGGCCUAACUCUACUCGCAUGGCGCGCAAUGGUCGCAUGGUCCGUAAACCGCUCAGUGCGACGCGCCGCCGUAAUACACGCAUCGGAAUCGAAGCGCCUCCUACGCGGCAGCAGAAAGAAGCGAUCAAUCCCCUAUUCCGCCGCCCCGGCAGUCGACGUAUCUCUCCAUAAACUCGGCGCCUCCACUCGCACAAGCUACAAGCCUAACCGGGUCCCAAGCGCGAGCAGCGGUCUUUUCUUUUCUCCUACCGCAGGCGGUCCUACUGGAUCGCAUCCUAAUGUCAACGCUACGGGAAAUACAGGAAAUACAGGAAAUCGUGGGUCGACAUACUUGCCUGCUGGUUACUACGCUGCUGCCGGUAGCUCCAACCCCGCUCCGGGUGGAGAGCCCCCAUACUCGCCCACUGCUGGCCUCUCGUCGCCUUCCCUGCCUCCUGUAGGUGUUCAUGAUUCGCAUAAUCAGCGCCACUCUUAUGUGGGUGCGUCGACAAGUUCUUUGAACCUAAACCAAGCGCCGCAGGGUCGUGCUCCUAGCGCAUACCUUGAGGAUUUGUUUGAGAGCCAUGCUCCUCACAGCUCUGAUUCGGGCCGUCGGUAA